AUGGCGACAAUUGAGCAAGUGGCUUCAGAGAAAUUCGGAAUAAGCAAACUGAAGGCAUUUCAGAAAGAAACACUAGAAAAACUGCUUGAAGGAAGGGAUGUAUAUUUGUCAAUGAAGACAGGGGGUGGGAAAAGCUUGUGUUAUCAAGCUUUCCAAGUGUUGUGGACUGAAAAAAAUCACCGUCCCUGCAAUGUAUUAGUGAUAUCUCCUCUCAUUUCAAUAAUGAAAGAACAAUGCGAGUUUUUGCAGUCACUUGGAUUUACUGCAACAUACAUCGGUAGAAAUUCGGAAGAAGAUGCACAGAUAGCAGAUGAGACGUUUCAGUUUUUAUUUACCUCUCCGGAAGCGAUAUUGUCUGUUAAUAAGUGGCGAGAUAUGGUGACCAGAAGUCAACACUUCAAAUUGAUAGUAAUAGAUGAAGCCCACACUGUUUUACGAUG